UUGGCUGCUCUAAUAUUUGAAUAGCUCUUGUGUCGCGUCGACUGCGAAAAUCAAAUUAUCUGCUGUGUGUGCGUAAACUGUCACGUAGCUAGCCUAGGCCACCUAUUUUUUGUGUAACUUCUGUAAAAAAGAAGAUUAGAAGAUUUUGCUCGGGUAUAAUACUUUAUAAGGAUGACAAAACAUCAUAAAUCGAUUUUAGCUGUGGUGGAUGAGAUAGUCUCUUAUUCAUCAGUAUGUUCUACAAGUGAUGAAUCAGAAUUUUUGAAGUUUGCAAGAAAUCAGGAAGAUUGUCGGCUGAAAUGGUUGAAGUCAGAAGAAGCAAAUCGUAUGUUACAAGAACGUAUUUUUCAACUACAAGCAGAGAAAGAGGCAUUAGAUGUAAAAUUGAAACAUGCAAGAAAUCAAAUUGACAUAGAGAUGCAGAGAAGAAGGAAAGCAGAAACUGGACAAGAGGAACUGGCUAGUGAGAGUGAUGAGAGUGAUGGUUAUGAUGGGGAAGAAGCUAAUAUCGCCGGUGGUGCAGCGGGGACGAGUCAGGAUACAUCAGUGAUUACCACAACAACAGUUACAGUGCCAUCUUCUGGACCAGUCACAGCUGCUACUCACAUUGAAACAAUACCAUCACUUCAGCAGAAUUUCCAAAGGCCCCAACCACUACAGACUCGUUCAAAGCCCACUCGAGAUCAUAUGAAGUUGAAUCAAGGUACUAGGCCAAGUGCCCCGCCUAUGGAAGAUGAUACUCCACCCAAAAGAAGGUCUAUAGAGGCAACAGCUAAGAGAGAUACAUCAGUGAUUACCACAACAACAGUUACAGUGCCAUCUUCUGGACCAGUCACAGCUGCUACUCACAUUGAAACAAUACCAUCACUUCAGCAGAAUUUCCAAAGGCCCCAACCACUACAGACUCGUUCAAAGCCCACUCGAGAUCAUAUGAAGUUGAAUCAAGAUAACUCUCCAGCUCCUAAAUCACCAGUUCUGAGUCCACAAAGUGCCCCUUCACAAAGUCCAAAGAAGCCACAACGUCCUCAUACGUUUGUAACUAAGACUGUUAUUAAACCAGAAUCCUGUAAUCCUUGUGGCAAGAGGAUUAAAUUUGGCAAAUAUGCAUUGAAGUGUAAAGAUUGCCGUGCAGUUUGUCAUCCAGACUGUAAGGAGAUGGUAGCAUUGCCCUGUGUUCCAUCAGCAAGUACUCCAGGUAAAAAAUUAUCCAACACCUUGGGAGACUAUGUACCAACUUCGAGUCCUUUGGUUCCAGCGAUAGUUGUUCAUUGUAUCGCUGAAGUUGAACGUCGGGGUCUAAUGGAAGAGGGUGUCUAUCGUGUACCUGGAUCAGAGAAAGCUGUUAAAGAUCUAAAAGAGAAAAUCCUACGAAGCAAAGGAAAUCCACAACUUGAGAAGGUGCCUGACAUUCAUGUAGUUUGUGGGACAUUGAAAGAUUUCCUCCGUCACCUUGAUGAGCCUUUAGUUACAUACAAACUUCACAAAGCAUUUAUGAAUGCCACAGAGUAUUCAGACAAUGAGGAUGGCAUUACUGCAAUUUACCAAGCUAUCAGUGAGUUGCCCCAAGCCAAUAGAGAUACCCUGGCAUAUCUUAUACUUCACCUUCAAAGGGUUACUGAAUGUCCAACAUGUCGUAUGCCAUCGGCAAAUCUUGCAAAGGUUUUUGGACCAACUAUUGUAGGACAUUCAUGUGCUGAUCCUGAGCCAAUGGUCAUGUUAAAUGACACCAAGAAACAACCAAAGGUUAUUCACCUCCUAAUGUCUUUACCGUCUGACUUCUGGAGAGCCUUCAUAAAUAUUGACACAGAAAAUGUUCAUGGAGGCAGCAACAAUAUCAUAGCCAACAACAAUGCUGGAACCCCUGGGGAAAACUCAGGCGGGGUAAAAGCCUCUGUAUUUCGCUCCCAAAUGAAGAGGGAAAAGACGCAUUCAGUCAACCUCAUUGUCGGCAAAUGUAAAGUCACUGAUGCGCACUGCUCGUGUCAAUCUUGGUUUGGUAGCAGAAGUGGUAAUAAACCUAAAAAGACAACCCAUUACUUUGCAUCUCCAACCCUCCGAUGAAAGUCAUGGUUAUUUUCAUGCUAUCUAGAAUAUAUCUGGGUGUUUACUAACAUGGUUUUUGCAUGCUAUAGUUACCAUGUACAGUUACUUGCCUAAGUCGAGUUAGCUUAUUUCUUAUGGGUAAUGUAAGUAAUGAUAUAUACAGGUACAGUAUUAACUCUGUGGCUUGUGUUAAUAAAUACUGCUUUUUUUACAAUGUUGCUCAUAUAUAUACUAUAUUAAGUUUACUGUAAAAUAUGAAUUUAACCAUCAUGUCACAUUGAACUGAAUUUCAAAGUAGAUCCAGUUUAACUAUGUCAAUGUUCUGAAUACUUUGAUAAAUAUAUUUAGAUUUGUUCUCAAUGCAAUGGAAGGUUGAUGGGAACAAUACUUCAUGUGAUAAAUAUCUUCUAGUCUACCUGGAGUAAUUAUAAGUCAUUAUAUGGGGAGGAUGCUGGUGUAUAGGAAAACAUUGACCAUUGAUAACUAAUUAUCCAUAUAUGGAGCAAGGGAAUGACCAUAAAUGUUUGACCAUAUUGGUGACUAAAUAACCAUAUGGAGUAACUGAAUGACAAUUAUAUUUUGUAAACAUGCAGAAUCCUUAAAAAGUUUUUGUAAUUCAGUGUUUAAUUUGUGAAUAAAGUUAAUACCUGUAUGCUCGAAUAAUUAAGAUUUGUUGUAUUUUUUCUCAAUUUUAUUUUAGGAAGGCUAAGAUAUGCAAGUUGUAUACGAAAUUGAAUAAAGUUAACAAAAAAAAAA